AUGGUGGAGGGCCGUCCGCAGCUGCAUCUUUUCUACCUGUUCCUACUACUACUAGUAUGGCCUAAUGUGGUGAUUGCCAAUAAUAAUAAGAAUGAUGAAGUCCGCAUGGGCACUACCAUUGUGGCCUUGAAGUGUCAAGACGGAGUCAUUGUGGGUGCCGAUACACGCACGUCGACAGGUUCCAUGGUCAGCAAUCGAUUCGCCCACAAGUUAUCCAUGAUCUAUCAACAAGGACCCGUCUCGUGUGUCCUCUGUCGUUCCGGCAGUGCGGCCGAUACCCAAUUCUUGGCCGAUCAUGCCCGAUGGACAUUCGACAACGAUGCAACCACAGAUCGAGUGAGCGUGACGCAAAUGGCACAGUGGUUGAAAUGUGUCAUUCGAGGCAAUCCACGGUACUCGGCCAGUUUGUUGUGUGUGGGAUACGAUCCCAAUACGCAAGGCAAAAUCUAUUCCAUUGCCCAAUCUGGCGCCAUGAUGGAGGAACCGAUCUAUGCGGCAGCUGGGUCGGGGUCCACGUAUAUUUUGGGAUUGAUGGACGAGGCUUGUCGUCCACAGCUCUUGAAAGAACAAGAUGCGAUUGAUCUAGUUGCCAAGUUAGUUCAUGGAGCCAUGGCCAGAGAUGGAAGCUCUGGGGGAAUGGCAAGAAUCACAAUCAUGAAUCAACGGGGAUACAAGGAAAUUGUGGUACCGCCACCUCAAGAGGGGGGCGAUACAAGUGCAGAAUCACCAACACAGUUGAAGGGGUUUCAGGCAGCAGCAACCACAAGAUUGAAUACCUCGCCUGCUUUUGUUGGAAAGUAG